UCUUUUAGUGGAGAAAAACUCACAGGACCUACCUUCGAGGACGCCGAUUGGAGUGGGUCAACGGAACGGGGGAGUUUAUUAUUUUCACUGUCUUGAAAAGAUUUAUGCUUCGUCAAUCUCGUCUACUCAAUCAAGUGAACUGUGGCAUUUCAGAUUAGGGUAUUUAUCCAAGACAGUGUUACGAGUAGUUAGUAGAAUGAAUAAAUCAUUGUUUAACGUUGAUUUCAAUAAUGAUUGUGAUGCAUGCUUACGUGGCAAACAAACUCGUGACAUUUUUAAUAAUAAUUUGACGAGAGCAGUUGAACCUUUUGAGCUGAUUCAUUGCGAUAUUUGGG